AUGGAUACACUUUCCACUGAGACUGUCCCAAAAUGGGUGACCUAUUCUGCAGUGAACUCGAUUCUUUGUAUCCUGGGUGCAUUUUGUGUGCCUUUAAUAUCCAUUUUAUCUGGCCGAGAUUCAAACUCUAGUCACAAUACUAGAUUGGUUAACUAUGGUCUUUCGUUGAGUGCAGGGUCCAUGGUGACCACUGCAUUAUAUAAGAUGUUACCUGUAAUUAAUCAUGAAAAUAGAUUCGAAGUAUUCUUUGGAGUAUUAGCUGGUAUCUCUCUUUCAUUAUUUUUAAACUAUAUUGUACAUUCUUUUGCCAGUCAAUCAUUGAUUCAUUGUGCUCACGGUGAAGAUGACGAUGGAGAACAUAAUGAACAUCACCAUAACCACCAUAAUGACGAUAUUAUUGUACAUGGCGUUUCAUCGUAUGGUUCCAUGAAUAAUAAAUCACAAAAUAAUGCUCGUUCUAAUUCAAUUCAACAUUCUUCAAAAACAAUACCGAGUAUUUCAUCCUCCACACAUCAAGACACUUUAAACCGUAGAACAAGUAUCAUCGAUUUGAUAAAUAAAGCUAACCCUUUGAGUAAAACAGACUCCAUUACUGUUUGUACUCCUUUAUUGAAAGCUGAUAAAGGAACUUGUGUUGGCCAAAUAUCUCAAGCUAGCUCAAGAAAAUCAGAUCAUGUUGAAUCCAAUGGAACUGAUCAAAAUAAAUGUUUUUCUAAUAAUGGAGCUAAGAGCACAAAAUCACAAGUGAUAUCUACUAAUAUAGAUAACAUUCAAGAAGAAGAAACAAAUAAUGAUAACUAUAGCGAUAAUAAUAAUGAGGAUGAACAACUACAGAAUAUAGGACCUGGUAAUGAAAGUUAUGCUCCAACAGAUGACGAAAGUUUCUACCCUGUACAGUGUAAAAUGGCUUGUAUGGAAAACACAAUAGGAUAUGAUUUAGAGAAUUUGUCAGUAUAUCGUAAAAAUUACUUCUCUGGUAAUGAUAAGAUUUCAAUCCAUGAUAACAGUUCGACUUCGUCAAAUACGUCCUCUACACAUGUUCCUGAAUAUUCUAACGAUAUACAUUCUGAUCAUCACUCUCAUAGGUCGUCACGUUCUCACGUACAUUCUCACCACCAUCAUAAUCAUGUUCAUGGUUUAGAACAUGAUCUUACAAUCUCGUCUAGUGUCACACCACAUUCAAUAGCAUCGAUACCAUUCCAUUACCAUCAUGUUGAAACACCAUUCUCCAAACUAUUAUCUAUCGGUAUGCAAACAUGUCUUGUUCUGACACUUCACAAAUUUCCAGAAGGUUUUAUUAUCUUUUACACAAAUAAGUCUAACAAUGACUCUAAGACAAUCGGAUUCUCAAUCUUCUUAAGUCUUGCCAUCCAUAAUUUCGUUGAAGGGUUUGCAAUGACUUUACCUUUUUACUCAAUCUUUGAAAACAAAUGGCUAUCAAUUUUGAUUACCACAGUAUUAGGCGGUGGUUCGCAACCAUUAGGUGCCUUAAUUGGUUACUUAAUAUUUAAGAAUAAGAAUAAAAAUAAUCCCAAUUCAGGUGAUAACGAACCAAAUAUGGAUCUAUUACUAAGUAUCACAUCUGGGUUCUUACUGGUUAUUGCAUUACAAAUGUUCCAAACUGGUAUUGGUUUUAGUGAUGGUCAUCACCAUCAUGAAGAUGAUGAUUCCGUAGAAAUUCGUCAAAACCACAGUUUGGGUACCACUUGUUUGAAAUGGUGCUGUGCUGGUGUUUUACUGAUCCUUGCAAGCUCAAUUUUCGUAUAA